AUGAAGGUUCUGCAUACACGAAUUCAGCAGCCUAGUGUUGAGGAGUGGAUCACCAAUGCUGAAGGUUCCCUCGAUUCUUCUGCUAGGAAGAUUGUUGGUCUUGAUGUUGAGUAUGACAAACUCAGUGGUACCUAUUUCAAUCCGAAGAAAGCUGCUGUGAUCCAGCUAUGUGUUGGCACCGAUGUUCUUGUGUACCACAUAUGCCAUGCUGAUGAGAGGAGUGAAAGUUUGGAUAUCCAGGAAAUAUGGAGAGAUCCGGACAAAAAGAAGAAACUUCAAGGCCUGAAGGAUGUUGCUGGAGCUAUUAUAGAUCCAAUCUAUUUUGAGAUGAAGGAUGGUUUUGGAAGGGCAGAGCACAGGAUGUGGGCUAAUCCGCCGCCUCUACCGCCUAAGCAUUUGGAAUAUGCUGCACGGGAUGCAUAUGCAACCUACGAGGUUUAUCGAAGGCUGGAUUUGUUUGAGAGGGGCUUCUUCUCCUUAUUCAAACAUCCCGAGAAGAAGCGUGGCAGGGAUUGGUGA